AUGCUCUCACUAUCACCGCUCUUCCUGCUCGCACUCCUCUGCUCUCACCCGAUACGUGGACACGCACAUAGCACCCAUUCGAGUUUCACCCACUCCCACGCACGGCGCUCGCUCCACACCAGGGAAGGACCUACGAGCGCUAGCUAUGCGAGGGAGGAGAGAAGGGAUGUGUUGGAUGGGUUAGGACAGGUGGUCGGAGGCCUGUUGGGAGAUUUGGGAAAGACGGUCGCAGACUUGGGCGAGGAUGUUGGAAACGACUUGGCCAACAUCAAGCGGCGCUUACAGUCGUGGGAGAAACGUGAUCUCCUCGGAGACUUGGACCAGACGGUCGGAGACGUCCUCGGAGGUUUGGGAGACACGGUCGCAGACGUGUUGGGAGACGGGAAUGGGAGUUCGUCUGAUUCGGGCACGUCGACGGGCACAAGUACGAGCACGGGUACCAACUCGGGCACGUCGACUCCUGCUUCAACAACGGAUACUCCGUCCGCUACUUCGAGGGACACGACGUCGCCUACCUCUUCAAGUGAUACGAGCUCGCCCACCUCUUCAAGUGAUACGAGCUCGCCUACCUCUUCCAGUGAUACGAGCCCACCUACCUCUUCAAGUGAUACGAGCUCACCUACCUCUUCAAGUGAUACGAGCUCGCCUACCUCUUCAAGUGAUACGAGCUCGCCUACCUCUUCAAGUGAUACGAGCUCGCCCACGUCAUCCACCGAUUCGGGCACGUCAACACCCUCCACCGACUCUUCCUCCCCUAGCACCACCAACCCACCAUCGACUGCUGAUCCGGGCACGACCGCUGCGCCUACUUCGGCGACAGACGACAGCUGCAAUGGCGUGCUUGGUGCACUUGGCUGUGGGCUCUCCUCCCUUGGUGGAGGCGCAGGCACAGCGGUGAGCAAUAUCGUUGGCGUGAUCACUUCGGACGCCGGCGCCAUCUUGGGGAACAACCCUACUAGCACCACUAAUAUCCCCACCACCACCGCUGCGCCGACGACUGCGACGGAUAGCAGCUCACCCACCUCGCCUACCGAUACUGCCUCUGCGCCUCCUACGAUAACACCGGACACGCCUCUUACAACAGCACCGGACCCGCCUCCUACGACAACACCGGACUCGCCUCCUACAACAGCACCGGACCCGCCUACAACAGCACCGGACCCACCGCCAACAACGACCGCGCCUUCCUCCCCGACGAGCACGGCAGACAGCUGUGACGGUGUGGUUGGCGAACUUGGAUGCGGCCUGUCUUCACUCACCGGAGGCCUCGGCACUGGCCUUUCGGAUAUAGGUAACGGCGCGACGAGCAUACUUCUCGGAGGUGCCCCGACUACUACUGCGGACAUUCCCACUUCGCCAACUGACGUCGCAUCCGCUCCUCCCCCGACAUCGGACACGAGCACCCCGACGGUGACUGCAGCUCCUCCCCCGACAACGGACCCGAGCACCCCGACGUUGACUGCACCCCCGCCUCCGCCCACGACUGCAAUCGCUCCCAGCACAGACUCGUGUGACGGCUUACUCCCGGGUGCGCUGUGCGGCCUGUCUUCCAUCGUCAGCCAGGUCACCUCGGACCUCCUGGGCAAUGGGACCACGAGCACGGACCCGCCGGCCCCGCCUACAUCGGUCGCUACGGACCCACCUACUUCAGUCGCUACGGACCCGCCUACUUCGGUAGUUACGGAUGCUCCGCCACCUACUACUAGCCCUGCGCCGCCUGCGACAGCGACUGAUCCCUGCGCGGUCCUUGGCGGCUUCGGUUGCGGGCUUUCCUCUAUCGUGAGCAUCGUUACCUCCGACGUGGGCAACAUCCUUAACGGCACGACUACGGCCCCCCCUGCGAACCCUACCAGCAUACCCGAUCCGCCAGCCUCAAGCUCGGACACAGGCUCGGACAACGCCAUCAGCACAGUGAUUAGUCAGUUCUCCAGCGCGAUCAACGAUGCUACCAGUGCGAUCAACGAGAUUUCGAGCAUCCUUCUUGGCUCGCCGACCACGACCACUGCUAUUAACACAGGGUCGAUCAACUUUGGAGCGGGGAACACCUCUGCUCCGGCAACGUUCACUGCUCCCGGUCUGGGCCCAUCGACGGCUUCGGUGACCUCUGCGAGCCCGACGCCGUCCUUCUCUCCCGCGCUAGGUAGUAUCUUCCCCGGCACGAGUCUUGUUGUUUCUGUCUCCCAGCCUACGACUAUCAGCACUGCCCAAGAUGCGCCUCUGUCCGAGUUCUCCGGCCUUCUGACCGCCAGCUCGCUCUUGUUCUCUUCCAACUCUGUGUCCUCCGAUAGCUCCUCGCCUACGCAGACGAACCCAGACGUUCUCCCCACCACGCUCACCCAGACGUUCGGUACACCCGCAGCAAGCCCAUUCCCCAGCGCCAUCCCAGCGAAGAUCCUACCCCCUACCAGCUCUGGUAGCCAGAACAGUGUCUCGGGAGCUGUGGCUGCAGGGUCGACACCGGCGGGCACGACGCUCAUCUCGAUCUUGUUUGCUCCCCAACUUAACUGGGUUUUCGUGGUCAACAAUGUCGAGUCUGCCAGCCAGCUGUUCGCUUUCUGUCCUGUGCUGCUCGCUAACGCCCUCGGGAUCGAUACGAACGACGUACAGACAGUCUCUCUCGAAGCGUACCAGCCGGCGAACUAUGAUGGAGACAUCAACGAGCUUCUCACGGUCUACCUUGCCCAGAUUCCGGAUGCGUAUGUACCGUACCUCCAGGCCCAGGUACAGACGAAGAACUCACCGCUGUACUAUUCCUCCACGGGCACGGCGCACCAGCUCUCAGAGUUCAUCGAUCCUGCCUUCCCGGUGACCGCACUGGCUACUGCGCCUUCCUCGGGUAGCCUGGCAGCCAGCGGUUCUUCAACGACCAGCAACAAUCAGCGCAGAGACGCCAUCAUCGGUGUCGUCACGGCCGUCGGUGGAAUCCUCCUUCUCGCAGCCCUGUACUUUGCCCGGAGGUGGUACAAGCGGCGACAAGAGCGCGCACAUCAGCAGCUUGCCAUGUCCCCCGCCUCGAGCGCCAUCUCACCCAUUGGCGGUGCAGGCAUUGGCGUGGCGGCCGCCUAUGUGCCCGAGCGUAACUCGCCCAGCCCGGACAUGAUGCAAGAACGUCGUCGGUCCUUCUUCUUCGCUGAGGACUCGCUUCGCGGGUAUAUGGACCCAGCAGCGACACGCGCCGUGGACCCGCUGCACGAGUACCAGUCGCAGCAGCGCGGCGCUCACCGCACGAGCCCAGUGACGAUCAGCCAGAUCUCUCAGCCGAUCCUGCGUCAAUCGAGUUUGAACUGGUAG